AUGGCUAUGGAAGAUUCGUAUGGAUCCGGAGUAUCCGCAUCGGAGCACGCAGCCGCAGAAGCCAACGCGAAACUGUUACAACAGAGACAAAAAAUACUCGAAGAGAGGGCAAAACGAGGGAUACAACCAGGCGACAGGGUGAGAGUUUACGCUCGUAAAGGUGCACCGUAUCCAGACUUGAGUAAACGAAAAAAAUACUACAACGAGGGAUACUCAUUGAUGUCGACAAAGACUGUGGGUGGUGCGAGCGGCGACGGCGGCGACGACGAAAGAAAACGAGAGGCAAACGCAGAAAGUUCAAAGAAGAAGAAAAGGUUCGACAUCCGACCAGUCGUUGGAUACGUCAUAGAAGUUCGGAACGAUAGAGUAGGAGUAAAAAGAAACGAUCGCACGGAGGAUACGGAUAUAUCUUAUCCAACCUUUCCACGUUCUUGGGUGGAGCAAUUGGAUAUAGGGGAAAUGUGGGAGAUGAACACAGGAUCUCGAUUUCAAAACACGUACGGGUCGUUUUCAUCAGCUGAAGAUGCGGCUUUUUAUCAAAGCGGAGGAGCAAGUGAAGGAAACGAGGGAAAAGGGGUAGAGGUAUCGGACGACUUCUUAGCAAACAGCAUGUAG